AUGCCUAUAGAUAUUAACAGAAUUAGAGUGGAGAAGGGCGGGGAUUAUCAAAAGAUAGCUGAAUCAGAGGUGGCGAGGUAUAAAGGAUUGGAGACUCUUGAGGAACUUGUUAAAGUGGAUCAGAAAUGGAGAGAGGAUGUAUUUAAACUUGAGCAGAGCAAGAAGGAGUUGAAUUCAAUUUCAAAGGAAAUUGCUCAAAUCAAAAAAAAAGAUCCAAAAGCAGAUUGCAAGGAAUUACAAGAUAAAAGUGCACAAUUAAAGAAGAAUCUCCCAAUCAUUGAGAAACAAGCAUUGGAAACUGAGGAAACAAGAGAUAAGCUUUGGCAUAAAAUUGGUAAUGUUAUACAACCUGAUGUUCCAAUUUCCAAUACAGAGGACGAUAACCUUGUGUUAAGAACAUGGGGAGAAAUUCCAGAUAUCAAAGUUGAUGGAACACCUGGAAAAUUACACCAUAAUGAGGUUAUGAGCAAAUUAGGAUUUUAUGAUAGUGUGAAAGGUGCAGAGUUGGCAGGCCACCGCGGUUACUUUUUAAAGGAUUAUGGUGUAGUAAUGAGCAUGGCUCUUACCCACUAUGCUAUGAACUUUUUGUUGAAGAAAGGAUAUCGAGCAAUUCAGCCACCAUAUUUUAUGAAAAGAGAUUUAAUGGGUAAGGCAGCUGAGUUACAAGACUUUGAGGAGACCCUUUAUCAUAUUCCUUCUGAUAACAGCAAAGGUGAAGUUGACUCCAAUAGUUUAUUCUUAAUAGCCACAUCUGAGCAACCAAUAGCUGCAAUGCACCACAAUGUGACAUUUGAGGAAAAAGACUUACCAAUUAAAUAUGCCGGUACUUCGACAUGUUUUAGAAAAGAAGCUGGAGCCCAUGGUAAAGACACAUGGGGUAUUUUUAGAAUCCACCAAUUUGAAAAAGUUGAACAGUUCUGUGUUACUUUACCAGAAGACUCAAAUAAGAUCCACGAGGAAAUGAUUAGUGUUUCUGAAGAAUUUUAUAGAUCUUUAGAAUUACCUUAUAGAGUUAUUUCCAUUGUAUCUGGAGCUCUUAAUGACGCUGCAGCAAAAAAGUAUGAUUUAGAAGCUUGGUUCCCCGGAUAUAAUUCAUAUAGAGAGCUUGUUUCCUGCUCAAACUGCACAGACUUCCAGUCUAGGGCGCUUGAAUGUCGUUUAGGAUUCAGAAAAGAAGGAGAACGUGAGAAACGUUACUGCCAUUUCCUUAAUGGUACAUUGUGUGCGAUUCAAAGAACCAUGUGUUGCAUUGUUGAAAACUACCAGACAGCUGAAGGUCUCAGGAUACCCAAAGUCUUACAACCAUAUAUGAAUGGCGUCGAAUUUAUCCCAUUUAAAAACGAAAACCCUGCCCAUACCAAUUAG